CGCGCUUCAAUUCAUACCAUCACCUUCUCAACAGACUUCGGUGUAGAUUCCAUCAUGGUUUAUCCCGCCAAACAACACACCCGAAAUGUCUUUGAGAAGCUCGUCGAGCUCUUACCGGCCAAUGAACGCUCCAAACCUCAAAUUAUUCUUGUUGCAGGAGAAGUCACGCCGUUUAGAAACGACACCGAUAGAGAGAUCGUCUUUCGCCAAGAGUCGAAUUUUUACUACUUGACUGGAUGCACAGUUCCAUCUUCAUAUUUUCUGGCCGUAUACAAAACAGGAACCUCCUUUUCUCAGACACCAUCAAUGGAGUUGUUUAUUCCCGAAGUUUCUCAGGCGGACCUUAUGUGGUCGGUUCCACCGCCUUCACUCGAAGCAGCGGCGGAAACCCACGACGUUACCCACAUCGAUCAUCCCCAUGCUCUCCCAGAAACUAUCAAGACCUCGAUAAAGGCAUUUCCAGAUGCACUAUUCCAUACGUUACCCCGUGGAUCUUCGCUGUUCCCUGUACUUCCAUCAGAAUAUACAGAUCUUGUGCUCUCCUCGGAGAACAAAGAUUUGGCCAUCAGCGACCUGUACCUACUUUCAGCACUUCACCAAACCCGCCUUAUUAAGGAUGAUGAGGAGAUCGCGUUGAUCAAGCGGGCCAACCAAAUUAGUUCUCGGGCUCAUGAAACUGUUAUGAGGGUGCUCGGUAAAGCCGUGAAAGGCAAGAUCGAAAGGGAGGCUGGUGCGGGGGUUGAUCGACCUCUCCUUCCUGGAGAGUGGCUUAUUGAGAAAGAAGCCGAGGCUGAAGCCAUCUUUGUAGCUUCUUGUAGACGAGAGGGUGUCGUCCAUCAAGCAUAUCUUCCCAUAGUAGCAGCCGCAAAUCGAGCCUCAACCUUGCAUUAUUGUUGCAAUGACCGUGAAUUUGCCUGGGGACCCAUCGCUCCAAACGACCACAAGAACAGAAACGACUUUGCCCAUGGCGGCGAGAAGAAACUAUCACCACAAGUCUUACUCAUCGAUGCCGGCUGCGAGUGGAAUUGCUAUGCUUCUGAUAUCACCCGGACAAUGCCUGUCGGUAAUGGAGGCAAGUUCAAUCCAGAGGCCAAGGCGAUUUAUGAGCUUGUUUUGGAAAUGCAACAUCAUGCGUUCGACAUCAUACGUCCGGGCAUUCAUUGGGAUGCGGUACAGCUUCUGUGUCAUCGAAUACUCGUUAAGGGCUUUCAGCGACUAGGAAUCUUCAAAUCCGACGAUACCUCUUCAACUGAUCCAACAAGUGCUACCCGAGAACAUGACGAGGAGAAUAUCCUCGCAUCUGGUAUCAGCUCUGCAUUCUUUCCCCAUGGUCUCGGGCACAGCUUGGGGAUGGAUGUGCACGAUGUACCCAGCGCGAGCAAGCCGACCGUCAACGAGACAAUUGACAAGGGUGUAAAACUAGGUCACGAGAGCUUCUAUACGUAUUUAAGGCUGAGAUUACCACUACAGAAGGGAAUGGUGGUCACGGUGGAGCCGGGAAUCUACUUUUCACCACACUUGCUUGCACCUGUUCGGGAUUCGAAACAUAUCAAUCAAGAUGUCUUGAACAAAUAUGAAAAUAUGGGAGGUGUCAGAAUCGAAGAUGUGGUUCUGAUUACGGAUAAUGGAUAUGAGAACCUGACGACUGUCAGGAGCGAUGUAGACUGGGUUGAAGGGGUUUGUUCCGGGGAGCUUUGAUUAAUUGCUAUGCCGAAAGAAAUAUCUGAAAGUAUCAACCUUUGUACUAUAUACCAGAUGUCAAUAGAAUGCAAAGCCUUUUCCAGUG